CCAGAUCCCAUCUCAACCAACAAGCUGCAGGAUCAGCAUGCAGACAAAUCCUUGUGCCCUGAUAGUGGAACCAUCUCACCCCGACUUGGUCAUCAAUGUGGGAAAAGUGACUCUUGGUGAAGGAAAUAGAAUAAAGCUGCAGAACCCUCUGAAAAAGCAGAAGGAGAGUAUUUUGCAGGCAGCUUGUGCCCUAUUAAACUCAGGAGGAGGAGUGAUUAAGAUGGAAAUGACAAAUACGGAUGAGCAUCCUGUGGAGAUGGGAUUGGACGUGGAACAAUCUCUGAGAGACUUUUUUCCAUCUUUAGAUUUGCAGGCUUUCUUUGAGAACAAGCAAGAAGGGAAGCAUUUUUACAUUUUUGUUAAAUCUUGGAGCAGUGGUCCUUUGUCUGAAGAUGGUUCGUCCAAGCCCCGUAUUUGUAGCCUGAGUGCUUCGCUCUGCUAUAGAUCUGGCACCUCUACGCUUUCCAUGGACUCAAGAAAGGCAUUUGAUUUCCUGAAGACCAAGAAAGACAGUAUAAAAUGUAGCCUGGUCAAUGAAGGAUCUCUACCUAGUAAAAUUCCAAAAGCUGUCCAUGAGAACUUCUCUGAAUCAUGUCCUGCUUUUCAGUUCUUCCAAAGAGACAGGUUUGAAUAUGAUAAAAUCAUGCCUUUUCCUGAGUCUCAAUCUAUAGAGUUUAAACAAUUCAAUACAGACCACAUUGAGAAAUAUAUCAAAAAAGAAAUUCCAAAGUACAUCCCUGCAUUUGCAAAUGCUGAGGGAGGCUAUCUUUUUAUUGGAGUGAAAGAUAAGACCAAGAAAGUCCAGGGAUGCCCAAAAGAUAUUGUUGACCCUGACUCUUUGCGAAGAGUGAUAGAAGAAGCAAUUUCCAAGUUGCCCGUUGUCCAUUUUUGCUCUUCAAAGCAGGUGUCCUAUAAGACCAAAGUUAUUGAUGUGUUUCUUAUGGGAAAGUUACACAGUUAUCUCUGUGCGAUCAAAGUGGACCCAUUCUGCUGUGUGGUAUUUCAAAAAGCUCCCAUUUCAUGGAUGGUGGAGAAGAAGAAAGGCGUCUAUAGCCUGACACCUGAGGAAUGGGUAGGCAUGAUGGUAGAUGAUGACCCAGAGUUGGUCGAAGCUUUUGAAUCUCAGCUGAGUCUAUCUGACAGCCCUCCACGCUGCAGGCCGGUGUAUUCUAGGAAAGGUCUGGAACACAAAGCCACCCUCCAACAGCAUUUAUUUCCAGUGUCACCAGGUCACUUGCGAUAUACUCCUGAAGCUCUCUGGAAGGAGCUGUGUUCCCAGCAUGAAGGACUGGAGGAAUUAAUAAACCAGCAAAUGCUAUCUUUCUCCUGGGGAACUCUGAUCUUCUCUAGAAGCUGGGCUGUGGACCUGAACUUGCAAGAGAAGCAGGGAGUCAUCUGUGAUGCUCUGCUGAUUGCACAGAACAGCCCCCCUACCCUCUUCACUGUUUUUGAGGGACAGGAUGCAGAGGGGCAGGACUACUGCAUCCACACCGCCUUUACUUUGAAGCAGAAGCUGGUGAACAUGGGUGGCUACACCGGGAAGGUGUGUGUCAUGACCAAGGUCCUCCACCUGAAUCCCCAGAGCAAUGCUGAGUUCAUGGAGGAGUCAGGCUCUGUGAUGGAUUACCCCUGGUCCUAUCACCUGGCAGAUGCCCAGCAGAUGGAAGCCUUGCUGCAGGCCCUCGUGAUUGUCUUGCUUGGCUUCAGAUCCUUCCUCAGUGACCAGCUUGGCUGUGAGGUUUUAAAUCUUCUCACAGCCCAGCAGUAUGAGAUAUUCUCCAAAAACCUCCGCAAGAACAGAGAAUUAUUUGUCCAUGGCUUGCCAGGCUCAGGGAAGACAGUCAUGGCUGUGAAGAUCAUGGAGAAGAUCAGGAAUAUGUUUCACUGUGACACAAACAGCAUUCUCUACAUUUGUGAAAACCAGCCUUUGAGGAACUUGAUCAAGAAUAAAAACAUCUGCCAGGCAGUGACCCGGAAAACCUUCAUGAAAUAUGACUUUGGAGAGAUUCAACACAUCAUCAUUGAUGAAGCCCAGAAUUUCCGUAGUGAAGAUGGAGACUGGUAUAGCAAGGCAAAAGCCAUCACUCAAAGAGAAAAGAAUUGUCCAGGAAUUCUCUGGAUCUUUCUGGACUACUUUCAGACCAGUCACAUGCAUGAUAGUGGCCUUCCUGCUUUCACAGCCCAGUAUUCAAGAGAAGAGCUCACCAGAGUGGUGCGCAACGCAGAUGAAAUAGCCAACUACCUAAAAGAAGUAAUGCAGGAAGUCAGAAGAAAUCCUCCACCCAACAUCCCUCCUGGGUCCCUGGAUUUAUUCCAUGAACCUAAAUGGGCUCAGGGUGUUUCAGGCAACUUAGAAAUUAGGUUCAUGGACUUGGAGGAUAUGGUGAUCUAUGUAGCAGAGAAGUGCCAGUUUUUCUUGAGGAAUGGCUAUUCUCCCAAAGACAUUGCUGUGCUCUUCAGCACAACAGAGGAAAUGAAUGCAUAUGAAGGCAAGUUUCUAAAAGAAAUGAGGAAGAGAAAAGUGUCUCAGAUCAACAGUGCAUUCAUUUUUCACAAUCACAUGUUUGACAGCAUCCGUCGAUUUUCGGGCCUUGAAAGAAACAUCGUGUUUGGGAUCAAUCCCUGGGCAGCUGAGACAGCCAUUUUCCACAACCUCCUGCUCUGUCUGGCUUCCAGGGCAAAGAAACAUCUGUAUAUUCUGAGGCUUUCCGAGAUGAAUCUCAGUCUAAGAUGAGAUAAAGGUAAAAUAUUCCCUCUUUUCUGCAGUUUUAGAAAAGGGAUGAUUAUUCUACACCAGAAACAUCUUAUUUCUAACAACCGAGCCAUUGAGAGAACUCACUUCAGAGCUGUUGCUGUAUUCUGUGAAAGGAACUUCCAAAAAAUCUAAUUCCAACUGGACACAUUGACGAAUACUUUUUUGGCCUUGAUAUACAUCUGUAUAGUGAACUUAAGUUUCUAAAAACUUCACUUUCAUGUCUAAGUCAAAAGAGGAUUGUUGAUAUUUCCUUCUUUGUGCGUUCUCAGAAAAGGUAUUAAAACUUAUAACUGUGCCCUUUUUCUCAUUAUGAAGAGUCCAAGAAUUUGUGGCUCUUUAAAUUUAACAAAAAGU